GGGGAGGCACGGGGGGCUCUGCCCGCAGCACCGCGCCGCCGCAGCGCCACUCACCGCGCCGCCCGUGCCCCGCCGAGCCGCGCCGGGCGCUGUGCGGAGAGCGCCGGGCGCCGUGAGCGCUGUGAGCGCUGUGCGGGAGCGCCGCGCCGGCCGCAGGUGCCGCGCAGGAGGCAGCGGGGGCGGGCGGCGCUGCUGAGCCAACCGGGGCCCGGCGCGGCGCCGUGAGUCACAGCGGGCGCGCAGGGCGGCCGGGCGGCUGCUAUAAGAGCGCCGCGGGCACGGCCUCCCCCCCGUGCAUGUCUCCGGCUGCCGCCUCUGCUCCUCGGCUCUCCGCCCGCAGCGCUCGCCUGCCCGCGCACCCCGUCCCCGGCGCGGCGAUGCGGCUGGACCGGCAGCGCGGAGCCCCGGGCGCCCCGGCCGGCGGGCGCGGCUCGGCGGGGCGGCGGGCGGUCCCGCGGGCGGUCCCGCGGUGCUGGGCGCUGCUGCUGCCGCUGCUGGCCCUGGGCUGCCUGCGCGCCGCCGCCGACGGUGCAAGAGCAAAAUGUGAAGAAUCCCAAUUUGCCUGUGACAAUGGACGCUGUAUUCCUCAAAUAUGGAAAUGUGAUGGUGAUGAAGACUGUUCAGAUGGCAGUGAUGAGAGUGCUUGUGUGAAGAAGACGUGUGCCGAGUCUGACUUUGUGUGCCUCAGUGGCCAGUGUGUGCCUAACAGGUGGCAGUGUGACGGGGACCCCGACUGCGAGGACGCGUCUGACGAGAGCUCCGAGCUGUGCCAUACGAGAACAUGCCGGGUAAAUGAAAUCAGCUGUGGUCCUCAGUCAACUCAGUGUAUCCCAGUGUCCUGGAAAUGUGAUGGUGAAAAAGACUGUGACAGUGAAGAAGAUGAACAGAAUUGUGGCAAUGUGACCUGCAGUCCAGCAGACUUCACAUGCAGCAGUGGGCAAUGUAUUUCCAAGAGCUUUGUCUGCAAUGGUCAAGAUGACUGCAGUGAUGGUAGUGAUGAGCUGGAGUGUGCACCUCCUACCUGUGGAGUCCAUGAGUUCCAGUGCAAGAGCUCGACUUGCAUCCCCCUCAACUGGGUGUGUGACGAUGAUGCUGACUGCUCUGACCACUCAGAUGAGUCUCUGGAGCAGUGUGGCCGCCAGCCUGCCCCUUCUAUGAAGUGCACUGCCAGUGAGGUGCAGUGUGGCUCGGGGGAGUGCAUCCACCAGAAGUGGCGCUGCGAUGGGGAUCCUGACUGCAAGGACGGGAGCGAUGAAAUCAACUGCCCUUCUCGGACCUGCAGACCAGACCAGUUCAGAUGUGAGGAUGGGAACUGCAUCCAUGGCAGCAGGCAGUGCAACGGUGUGAGAGAUUGUCUGGAUGGCACAGAUGAGGCAAACUGUAACAAUGUUAUUCAGUGCUCUGGGCCUGGAAAAUUCAAGUGCAGAAGUGGAGAAUGCAUAGAUAUUAAUAAAGUGUGUAACCAGCAGAGAGACUGCAAGGACUGGAGUGAUGAGCCCCUCAAGGAGUGUGAUGUCAAUGAAUGUCUGGUGAACAAUGGUGGAUGCUCUCAUAUCUGCAGAGAUCUCAUUAUUGGCUAUGAAUGUGACUGUCCAGCUGGGUUUGAGCUUCUGGACAGGAGAACCUGUGGAGAUAUUGAUGAAUGUCAGAACCCUGGUAUCUGUAGUCAGAUCUGUAUCAACCUGAAAGGGGGCUACAAAUGUGAAUGCAGCCGUGGUUAUCAGAUGGAUCUUGCUACUGGGGUGUGCAAGGCAGUUGGGAAAGAACCAAGUCUAAUUUUCACCAACCGCCGGGACAUCAGGAAGAUUGGCCUUGAGAGAAAAGAAUACAUUCAGCUUGUAGAGCAGCUAAGAAACUCUAUAGCUCUAGAUGCUGAUAUUGCUGAGCAAAAGCUUUACUGGGCAGACUUCAGCCAAAAAGCAAUCUUCAGUGCCUCUAUUGAUACCCGUGAUAAAGUUGGAACACACAUCAAAAUCCUGGACAAUGUACACAGCCCUGCAGGAAUUGCUGUUGACUGGGUUUAUAAGAAUAUCUACUGGUCUGACUCGACUGCAAAGACCAUUUCAGUGGCUAGCCUAGAUGGCACAAAGAGAAAGGUUUUGUUUCUCUCUGAGCUGAGAGAGCCAGCUUCUAUUGCUGUAGAUCCUAUUUCUGGCUUUAUGUACUGGUCAGACUGGGGUGAGCCAGCAAAAAUUGAAAAAGCAGGAAUGAAUGGAUUUGACAGACAGCAGCUUGUGACAACAGAAAUCCAAUGGCCUAAUGGAAUUGCUCUAGAUCUUGUAAAAAGCCGCCUGUACUGGCUGGAUUCUAAACUACACAUGCUGUCUAGUGUGGACCUGAAUGGCCAGGAUCGUAGAAUUGUGCUGAAAUCACACAUGUUCCUUCCUCACCCUCUUGCCCUAACCAUUUUUGAGGACCGUGUGUACUGGAUUGAUGGAGAAAAUGAGGCAGUCUAUGGUGCCAACAAAUUCACUGGAACCGAGCUGGUCACCCUGGUGAACAACCUCAAUGAUGCACAGGACAUCAUUGUGUAUCACGAGCUUGUUCAGCCUUCAGGUAGGAACUGGUGUGAAGAGAAUGUGGCAAAUGGAGGCUGUAGCUACCUGUGCCUGCCUGCUCCUCAGAUAAAUGAACAUUCUCCAAAGUACACCUGUGGAUGUCCUACUGGGUACUUCUUGCAGGAGGAUGGUCUGAGAUGUACAGUUUCAGGUACUGGAACAACUGUGGCUUACACUGAGGCUAAAGAUACCAGCACAACAGAAAAAUCUCCAACUGUUGGACUAGUUCCUGGAGGAUUCAACACUAGUGGUACAACCUCUGAAGUAACUGCAGCUGGAAGAACAUCAGCAGCUUGGAUUAUUCUUCCUGCUGUGUUGCUGAUGAUGGCUGCAGCAGCUGGCUACUUCAUGUGGCGUAACUGGCAGCACAAGAACAUGAAAAGCAUGAAUUUUGAUAAUCCAGUCUACCUAAAAACUACGGAAGAGGACCUCACAAUUGAUAUUGGAAGACACAGCGGUUCAGUAGGACACACCUACCCUGCAAUAUCUGUUGUCAGCACAGAUGAUGAUAUGGCGUGAGCACUGGAUCAGCAAUCACUUUCAGUUUACUUGUGUCUUACACUCUUUGGGGAUAGUAACCAGGUUUGUGGCUGAAGGACUUCCUCCAUUCUUGGAAGAAAGAAGAUACUUUCUGUAUUUAUGGAACACUUGUGUAAAUAGUUAUUUUCUACGGCUUAACAACUCUGUAAAUACCUGUCCACAAACAAUUCAGCUGUUAGUGGUUACAGUUUUAUCGGUAACCCUCGGGUUGGUUAGUCAGUAACAUCACUGACCAAAAAUAAAGCACUUUCCAUAGAAAGCCAUAUUCCAGCCACAACUUGUAACACCUGUACAUAUGUCUAUAGGCCACUUGUAAAUAAGUAUUGGAAAAUCACUAUCAAGCACUUUGAAAUACUUGAGAUGUAAAUUAUUGUACACUCUCUUUUUCAAUGAUUGGGGCAAUGGCAAUAGGAAAAAACGGGUUACUAUGAUUGCCAAAAAUUUGUAAACAUAAGUAAUUUUAUAUGUAUGAUUGUUUCAAUCUUGUCUGUUACCUCCUAGAGGAAUACAAGAAUGAAUGAUCUUUAAGAAACCACUGUAAAACUCAAAUGCAGCCGAGGGGAUAAAAAUAAAAUGAGUCAAGCAGUUGAAGCAUUGUUCUCGAUUACUGUGUUAGCACCAAAGUAAAAUGAUGUGUCUCCUAAGUUAAAAGCUUCAGUAAGCUGCACUACCACUGCCAGCCAGAUCAUGAAGUAUUUCUUUAGUUAUUUCAGCAGCAUUCUAGGCAGCUAAGACACUUUCCAGGUGACAUGUUUGUUCGUGAGGCUAAUAGUCUGCACAGAGUAAUGGGCAAUGUGUCUCCUGUCACAGAAACCCAGCUGAUCUCCUAAGUUAGGACUGACACUGGCUAAAAUUAACUCAACUGCUGCUGCAAGGUUUUGAGAGGCAGCACUGGCAGACCUGUGAGAUGGAGACAGGUCAAAGGGUCUUCUGCCAGGUGAGUCUGAGGUCCUUGCAGUGUCAGGCUGUUGGCAGUUACUCCCCAUAACUUCUGUACUGUAAGGUGCUACUUGACUCUUGCUAAUCCUUCCCCCCUCAAGGUAGGAAAAAAUUGCUUUUGGUAAGGUGGAUGCAGUUUCAAGGCUAAGACGUAGUUUGGAAGAAGCAAUAAUCUCUUGGUUAUGCUGUAGAGAUGACAUGUUAAUCAUUCUCAAUCCCAUCUCAAAUAGUAGCAAUGAAAAUCAUUGAGUCAGAACUUGGAUCAGCUCCUAGGCUUGCUUCUACUGCCUGUUCUCAUUGCAGUUACAACUGGGGUCUGUUCUCUUAAUGGUCUUCUUGUAUCGUGGACUCCUCUAUUAACAGAUGAGGACAGCUGCCAACUUGGGCAGAUUUAAAAUAAGUUGUGUCUAGGAAGUUCACAACUCUUUGGGGAGUUGAAGCUUCUAACAAACUCUCUUUGGCAACUCUUGACUGCAGCCAUUUAAGAUAUCUAGAACUCAUGUGAAUUAAAUUUUCUUGCAAAGAUUAGGGUGUGAGGAGGCCUCUAAAGUUUCUGGCUAGCAAUACGAGAUAUAUAUUUUACCAAGUAUUUUUUGGGAUAAAGUGCCUUUCAAAGCUGCCUAAUGUGUAGAAUUCAACUUUUAGUUAUUGAGGUGGAAUUCAAUGUUUUCAGUUUGACUUCUAACUCUGGAUAGUCUGAAGUAUUUGUGUUCAAAUAUGACAAAACAGUUCUCAGUCAGAUGGUUGAUUAUAAAUUCACAUGGCAGCUAAUUACAGGCAAAAUGCUCAGGUUUCCCAGUCUUUGUACAGAACAGCUUUACUUUUUUUGCUGAAGUUCAUUGCUCUUACCAAUAUCAUGCCAAAUGCUAUAAGGAGAGACCAGUAAGACCAAUAAAGACAUUUCUUCCUGAGGUUAAUAUUCAUUUGAAGUAGCAACGUAAGUUUAUUUUGGGAACCUGAGGUAGUUUUUACAGACACUCUGGGCUGUAGGAAUUUGUUUUUUGAAUUUUGAAUCCAAUGAGCUGAACAAAGAAUACUGUCUCAACAAACUUAUUCCUGUAGUCUAGAGGGGACUGAACACUUUACCAGCAUGGCUUCAUAUAGCAGGAGGGAGGAGUGGGGAAUAUAAGGCAGUAGCAGAUGAUAUAAGAUGGCCUGUACUUAUUUGCAAAUGUUGUUUGGAUUGUAGUUUCACUAGGUUUAUUCUUUCCUGCCCCUCUUCAUUUUUAUGUUAUGAAAUCACUGUUUACUUCCACAGCAGGCUUGGAGAGUGGUCAGGGAUUCCUCCUGUAAAAACAGAUCCAGUUUGCACUGACAAAUACCUUCCUCUUUUGAACAGUUUGUUUUUCCCUGCCAUGUGGAAGCAUUUGACUCUGUUGUGCUCCUCACCAUAUGACUCCUUUGGCAUCUGCCCAGGGUGGUACAGCUGUACUGAGCACUCCCACAGCAGCACCCUGUGGCUGUGCUGGUGUCCACUGCAGGAAUUCCCAGCCAUCAGCCCUGUCUCAGCUCCUCUGCUGCAGUCUUGUGGUAUCCCAGAGCAAUGGGACAUUAAUAACCUCUGCAGCCAGAUUUCACUCUUAAGCUGACUUUAUGUUCCUCCUGAAGAAUUUUCUGCUUAGAGCUACAAAAAAUACGACUGUAGUUGGUUAUUGAGGUAGUGUUCAAGGUAAUGAUAUAGUUUUUUGUUCCCAGAAGAAUAUAUAAGCCCUCUGGUUCUAAAUACUGCUUAUUUCUGUUCAGUGUCUGCUGGCCAGUGUGAGUGCAAAGCUGAAUUUGAAUAUGGCUUUUUCUUUCCCUUAUAAACAUGCAAAUUUCUCUUAAUACACUCCCUCUGCUCCCACAUUAUUUACUGCCUCCUAUUUGAUCUGCCUUUGUUUUUAUAGCACUGUAAAUAUUUUACAUUAUUGCUCAGAGGGAAAUUAACAUAAAGGGAAUUGAUGCUGCUCAUGUGUUUUUCUUCCCCUUCUGCACCUUGUCCCUCUACAGCUAGCUACAAUACGCCUUUUCCUACCCAACUUGUAUUUGCCUACAUUUUUAAUGAACAUACCUUUUUUUUCAAUCAGAUCUUUCCUGAAACAGCAAAGAUGCAUUUAUCUAUUUUUAUGUAAGUGCUGAAUUUUGCUAGAUAAGAGAAAAAGCUCAGAAAAAAAGACUUAGGCUGGAAGAAACAGUGUGAGAGUCCUCAGAAAAAAGGAAGAAAGCAGCAGCUCUCUUAACAAUCCAGUACUUUCUGUAGCUAUGGUACAGCAUGUCUGUGAAGAGGUGUGCUCCUGUUCCUUCUCUGAGCUGGCUCACAACAGUGGUUGGUAUUGUCACUGACUGGAAGAAGAUGUUUGGAGAGGUCUGUCUGAUCUGCUGAAGUGCAAAGACCAACCUAAUACAUUCCUGGCUUGCUAGUUUUUGCUUUUCUCCUCCUGAAAGAGCUUUGAAAUUUGCCUAUAUCAAAUGAAAAAUUCUUCAGAGCAGAGGAGGGACAGACAGGCUGUGUGACUAGUUAGGCUGCUGAAUAUCCAAGCUGUUAAACAUCUAAAAUAAAGAAUGCCUGUGGAAAGAA